AUGUCCAGCCCACGAGACCAUGUCCAAUUCCACACGACGUCGUCCCACGCACCAUUCCCGCUCUCCGCCCUCGUCGCCGUCGUCGUUCUCCUCCUCCUCCUCUCCACCGUCCAACUCGCCGCCGCGGCCGCUGCGGGGGACGUCCCCCUGCUCCCCCUGCGCGUGACCAACAACUGCAAAGAACCUAUCUGGCCAGCCAUCCUGACGCAGUCCGGCACCGGCCCCGCGAGCUCGGGCUUCCUGCUCGCCCCCGGUGCCACGAACCCGCAGACCGUCGGGCUCGACUGGAAGGGCCGCGUGUGGGCGCGCACGAACUGCAGUUUCCCCACGACGGGGUCGGGGUCGGGGUCCGCGCCGGCCCCGGCGAGCGGGCAGGGAGGCAGUCCGUGCCAGACCGGGGACUGCGGGAUGUUUUUGGAGUGUCAGGGUGCGGGUCAAGCACCAGCAACACUGGCCGAGUUCACCAUGUCGUCCGACACCAACCAGUGCUUCUACGACAUCUCGCUGGUCGACGGCUACAACAUCCCCAUGGGCAUCAUCUCCUUGCUCAGCCAGACCGGCGACGCAAACCUGACCGAUAUCCCUCCCAACCUGACCAACCCCGUCUGCAUCGGCACCUCGUCCCUUCUCGCCCCCGUGGGUGACGCCCCGGACGCCGACUUUGGCUCAAAUUCCACGUACCCCCUCCCGCUCGACCAGGCCGUGACUUCGUCCUUCGUGCAGGAUUGGUGCCCGUGGCCGCUGCAACUCACUCCGCCCACCAAGCCGGGCGACGGCGUCUAUCCUUACCCCGAUGACAACAUCCAACGACCCAUCUUCAACCCCUGCCUCAGCGCCUGUGCAAAGUGGAACAAAGCUAAGUACUGCUGUACUGGUAAUCACGGUACGCCCGCCACCUGCUCCCCGAGCCUCUACUCGCAGCAAGCGAAGAAGCUGUGUCCCGAUGCAUACAGCUAUGCCUAUGACGACCAGACCUCCACCUUCAUCAUUCCCCAGGGCGGAGGAUUCGAAGUCGUGUUUUGUCCUGCGGGCCGGAGCACCAAGAUCCUCGCCACGUUUGGGGACCAAUUGAGGCAGUUGGCACAGACGGGACAUGCAACGAGGGAUAUCAUCUCGUUGGCGCAGAAUGUCUCCUAUAUCAGGGAGAAGAGUGCUGCUGACCGGGUCACCGUGCCGAGCACUCUGUGGGUUGUCUUGGUGGGAUUGCUGCUCUCUUGGGUUGGAGGAUUUUGA